AUGACGACCGCCGUGUACCACCAAAGAGGCCUGCAUGCCUCGACGCACCAUGCACCAGACGCGGCCGACCUCGUGGAGCUCCUCGACAGUAAAUGGUUCGGAGACGCGAGCUCCUCCUCGUCUCGCCGCAUCAGUAGGGGCGGGCGCCGGGACGCCAAGUCAUACCUCAGCCUGGUGGGCAGUGGCCCCAGCGACCUCAGCAGCAGCGGGAGCAAGGCGGAGAUGGAGGCCCGGGACUGGGCCCCCCUCCUGGCAGACGUCCCCGAGCGCGUGCGCGACAGGACGGUCUCCCGCUCCGCCAACACGAGCGUGAUGGGGCCCGACCUCUCCACCCUACACCACCCCCACGGCGGCGUGGCGGCGGGCCCGCGGCAGACCUCCCCGCCUGAGGCGGUGGACACGGAGAUGCGGCGCGAGCCCUCCCCCUUCGAGGCGGACUCCGACUCGCCCGGCGGCCGCCUGGGCACCUGGGCCGGCCGUCAGCGCGUCUUUGCCGAGUUCCUGCGCGGCGAGGAGGCGGAGGAGGCCGGCCGCGCGGCGGCCCGGGCCGCCGCCGCGGCGGCGGACGGCAGCGAUGACGAGGAGGAGGGCGAGGGCGGCGAGCGGGUCAGCCCGCGCACCUCGGCCUCCCCCCCCGAGGUGCAGGGCGUGCGCCCCCGCCACAUCUUUGGCCCCGCCCUGCUCGGCGGCGAGGAGCGCGCCGCCAGCUCUGGGCCCGUGGUCCUGGGGGCCAUGCGCGCCCCGGCGUCAAACGCCGGCGGCCGCGGAGCCGACAGCGCCGCCGCCGCGCAGCGCUCAGCGGAGGACGAGGACGUCAACAUGGCCUGGCGCUGGAGGUUCACGCGCAAGUGGCAGAUGGAGCAGGCCAAGCAGUUUGACCCGGCCUACGGCCAGGACGGGGAGGACGAGGACGACUGGGGCGCGGCGCUGGGCUACAUGGCCGUGCAUGGCGGGGGCCUGGACCUUGCCACGCCUGCCUCGCCCAUGCUGCUGGACGCCGGCGGGUCGGCCAACCUGGGCGACGCGUCGCUGGCGCGGGAGGCCGACGCCGCGCCCGCCACGCGGCGCCUGGCGGCGGUGGCCAGCAAGGCGCGGCACCUGGCCGCGCGCCAGGCCGAGAUCGAGCACGCGGUGACCGCGCGGUGGGAGAGCGCGUCGGCGGGCCAGGCCUGGGUGGGCGCGCAGGUGGACGGCGUGGCGCUGGACCACUGGGGCCGCUUCGCCUUUGACCCGCUGGUGCGCUGCGCGGCCGACGCCGACCGCAUCGUCGCUGCGCUGGUCGCCGCAGCGCUGCCGGCUGGCUACUCCGUGCUCCCCGCCCCCGCUGCCGCCGGCGGCGUGGCAUGA